AUGAUGCUUCGGUUCCUUCUGCCACUUGUCGUGUUGGCGAGUUGUAAGGAGAGUAACAAAAUGGCGAAAGCACAGUAUACAGUAGAUUCAGCCAGAGCGUCUUUGGUUAGACAAGAAGACACCAUAAUAUUUGCUUUGAUCGAGAGAGCCAGGUUUCCUUUGAAUUCCCCAACUUACAAUCAGAGUUACACUUCCAUUCCCCAAUUUCAAGGUUCAUUGCUUGACUUUGUCAUCAGCAAUACAGAGGCCAUGCAGUCCAAGGCAGGAAGAUACAUUAAUCCUGAAGAAAAUCCUUUCAUCCCAACAAAUUUACCACCCUCGGUUGUGCCACGUUACCCCUUCUCACAGUUUUUGCAUCCUGCAGCUGCUUUGAUUAACAUGAACAAGGAAAUUUGGAAACUGUACUUCAAUGAGCUGCUUCCAAUGUUUGUUGCUUCCGGUGAUGAUGGCAACUAUGCACAAACUGCUGUGACCGAUCUUAUGUUGUUGCAGGCCAUCUCUAGAAGGAUUCAUUACGGAAAAUUUGUAGCUGAGGCCAAAUUCAGAGAAGCUCCUCAAGGCUAUGAGCCUUUAAUUCGUGGCAGGGACAGGGAAGCAUUGAUGAAAUUGUUGACAUCUGUGAGAGUUGAAGAGAUGGUGGUGAAGAGGGUUGAAAAGAAGGCCAUGGUGUUUGGACAGGAAGUGAGUCUUGACCAUGAUGUCAAGGGAGGAACAUACAAGGUUGAUCCAUCAGUGGUUUCUCUCUUGUACCAGAAAUGGUUAAUACCCCUCACAAAAACUGUUGAAAGUAGAAGAGAGUGUAGAAAGAUCAAAACCCUAAACUAUAACCCUAGCUUCGUAAAACGCAUUGAUUAG